AUGGCACCGCUGAUUCAACUCACCACUCUUUUUAUUCAGUUUUGUUAUUACACCACCAUCGCACACGGAGUCUCUUCCAAUGCAACCACCUUCCUCAUCGGCACUUCCCGCUCUGCCAUGAUGUUACCUCUCUUUCUAUCUCCUCUGAAUUCCUCUACAAGAUUCUCCAAUACGCGUCACCUUCUCCAGAGAUCCAAUGCUAAUGCUCUACCUAACGCUCGCAUGCGACUCCACGAUGAUCUCCUUAUCAACGGGUAUUAUACAACGAGGUUAUGGAUCGGGACGCCGCCUCAGAGAUUUGCGCUUAUUGUUGAUACCGGCAGUACUGUUACUUAUGUACCCUGUUCUUCUUGUGAGCGGUGCGGCAGGCACCAGGAUCCAAAGUUUCAACCAGAUUUGUCAAGCACUUACCAACCUUUAAAGUGUAAUAUAGAUUGCAAUUGCGAUGAUGAAAAGGAACAAUGUGUUUAUGAGAGGCAAUAUGCUGAAAUGAGUACUAGCAGUGGCGUUCUUGGUGAGGACAUCCUAUCCUUUGGCAGUCUAAGUGAACUUGCUCCUCAGCGUGCUGUUUUUGGCUGUGAAAAUAUGGAAACUGGUGACCUAUACAGUCAGCAUGCUGAUGGCAUAAUGGGAUUGGGUCGUGGUGAUCUUAGCAUUGUGGAUCAACUUGUUGAUAAAGGUGUAAUUAAUGAUUCAUUCUCAUUAUGUUAUGGUGGAAUGGAUAUUGGUGGAGGUGCGAUGGUAUUUGGUGAUAUAUCUCCCCCUUCAGACAUGGUUUUUAGCCAGUCUGACCCAGUGCGCAGUCCAUAUUACAACAUUGAUCUGAAGGAGAUACAUGUUGCGGGAAAGCCAUUGCUUCUAAACCCUAGAGUGUUUGAUGGGAAACAUGGAACUGUCCUGGAUAGUGGUACAACAUAUGCUUACCUACCUGAAGCAGCAUUCAUGGCAUUUAAGGAUGCUAUUACAAAGGAGCUUGGUUCCUUAAAGCCCAUCCGCGGCCCUGAUCCAAACUAUAAUGAUAUUUGCUUUUCUGGUGCUGCAAGAUGGGCUGUAUUCCCUUCAGGAUCUGAUGAAUGCAUUUCUAAUGCCACUGCUCUUAGUAUAAUUGCCCGUGUUGCUGAACAUCGCUUGCGACUUCCUGAUACAUUUGGAAGUUAUUAUUCGAUUAACUGGAACAUCAAGGCUGCAAAACGGACAUGGUGGCAGCAACAUUUUUUAUUGGUGGCUUUAGCCAUUGUUGUUACAUUUGUUUUCGGAUUAUCAGCUCUUGGAAUAUGGUUUAUUUGGAAACACAGACAACAAACAUUGAAUGCAUACAAACCAGUUGAUGCAGUAGUUCCUGAGCAAGAACUACAGCCAUUGUAG